UCCAUUUUGAAGAGUUUGAUUUGUCGUUGCAGAGAACAUCACCGAACAAAUAGCUGCAGCAGGGAAGCAAUUCUUCACUCAGAGCAUUUCCAGCAGUCAUGCAUGACAGAAUGAUGCGUACAGGAAAAAGGUUUGCUGUUUACCUGGCUGCAGCUGUUAUUAUGACGUGUUGUUUGGCACAAACGAUCGACUGUUAUCGACUGAGGAAAAAGGAAAGACAAGAAGGGCGAAAAGGAUCCGACUCGACCAAAGUGACUGAUGUCGAAGAGGGAAGAAUUGUUUUUGGGAGAGUCUUUAAGAAAGCUACUGGCCUUGAUGCACCAGUAAUUGAUGAUACCAAGAAGCCCUCCAACGCUUCUUCAGAAGAUGAAGCUUCUUAUCAAGCGGACUUUCCAGGCUGGCCUGGAGAUCAACUGCAGCAUCUGAAUUCCAGAGAAGCAGCAUGGAAGCGCAUGUCUCCCUCUCUGAUGUGUGGGGGGGACCAGUUGAAAUUCAGCGCAGAGGGACGAGGAGCUUCGCAGUUUGCAGUGGACAAAGGAAAUGAACCCCCAAUCCCUCUGUCCCAAGUCCCUCCAUCGUGUGGCUACGGCAUGCAGAAGAACUCCCUCGGGCUCGUCCUGUUGGUUCCCUAUGAUGGCUGCAACAUUAUUGUUGAGGAUGGCUGUUACGUGCUCCCGUUGCGUUGGCAUGGAAUUCCCGUCUCUCUCUUGUGUCAUAAACCUGCUGCCCCCCAAAAACCACAACCUCAUACACCCUGGUACUCUCCAUCAAAUCCUGUAGUGUCUCCCCAUGUGGUGCCACAGCCCAAUGUGCAGAAGCCACCGCCCCAUGUGAUGUACCCCCAGUUAUACCCCCAGAUGCCAGCGCCCCACGUGAUUCCCCCCGGGAUGCCAGCGCCCCACGUGAUUCCCCCCGGGAUGCCAGCGCCCCAUGUGAUGCACCCCCAAAUGGUCCCGCCCCAUUUAAUAUACCCCCAGCCUGAGGGGAUGCCACCUCUGAAGAAAGAAGUUGUGCCCUUGACUUUGGGCCUGGACACGCCCCUGACGCAGAAGGAUGUACCUCAGGUGCCCUUGGAGAUGCCCCUGAUUCCCCGGAUGCGUAGCGACCAAAAUGAAUCUCCUCCCAAAAUCCCUCAGUCCUACUACUUUCUACCAGAUCCUAAUUACCCAUCAGUACCAGAACCUGCAAAGGCACCCAUUGCAACAACUGCUGAGAAACCAGAAAGGCCUAAACGUCCUCUAUACCCCCCUUUCUACCAUCCAUAUUCUCAUUUCCCUCACCCUGUUCCAGUCACAACAUCUGCACCAACUGCCAAGCCAGCAGCCACAGCUCCUCCGAUGUUUCCUUUUCCCAUCUACCCUCCCUUUCCUCGGUCCGGUUUAGGGCCCCCGCAAGCAACUGCAAAACCCACUCUUCCUGCAACUAGACCUCAGCCACAGUAUUUUCCUUUUCCUCCUCAAAAUCCUUUUCUGCAUCCCUAUCAAUAUUCAGCCCCGAAACCAGAAACUACCAUGACCAGACCGCAGUUUGCAUACAUGCCUUUUCCAUCCCCAUACCAAAUGGUGGCCCCCUAUCCCGCAACAAAGAACUGAUUCCGCACCGCCAAAACCUUCCCAUCUACAGCCUCCGUAUCCUUUUAUGCCUUAUCCCUCCAGUUGAUGACCAGCCUGCUCAAACUGUUCUUAUAAAAUGCUUUAAAUAAAAUUACCCUGUCAAUGUUGGCCAUUUUA